UAGAAAGUAAUUUGUUCAACACUCGCGCUUGGCGGCAUAGAAGCAGUCCGCAGCUCACUCAGCGGUCAAUUUCUGCCGCAGCGGCAAGUCAGGAUGCCGGCAACCAGCUAGCAGCGCAUUCUGUAGUUUAGCUUCUUAGUUGGUUUGCUGCUUAGAGGGUCGUGAGGAUGUUGGCUCACCCAAUUUCAGCGACCGAGUUCGAGGCGGUCUGCCCCACGCUUCCGUGCAAGGACCUGUCCGCGUACCGGGUGGAGUCGCUGCUGGGGGGCGGGGGCUUCAGUCACGUGGUGCUUGCUCGGGAAGCGCACCCAGAUGCUGCCGUCAAUGGCAGCAAGCAGGAUUGGGCGCUGAAGCUAAUCCCCGCCACGGACGCGCGGUGCCUAGCUGACGUGGACCGGGCGCCGCUCAUCCUGACAGAGGCGCGGAUACACCUGCUCAUGUCGGCAGAGCCGUCCGUGCUGCCGUGCGUUGAGGCGUUCAAAAGCGUGUACGCGGACGAGAUGGGCGGAGGCGGGGGCAGUGGAGGCGACGCCAGCCGUGCCACCUACAUGGCGGUGCUGCGCAUGCCUGUGGCGGCCUGCAGCGUGGAGGAGUGGCUGUUCAGCGCAGCGCCCGCAGCGCCCGCAGCCUGCCAGAACAUGAGCGGCGGGCCGCGCGGCGGCCAGGUGGACGAGACCGAGGUGCUGACGGUGUGGGUGCAGAUGGUCAACGCCGUGCACCGCUGCCAUGCCCACGGUGUGGUGCACCACGACGUCAAGCUGCCCAACUUCCUAAUGGACGCACGCGGCAAGGUCCAAAUCAUGGAUUUUGGACUGGCCUGCGUUGAGGGUGUCACGCCGCGUGCGAUCGCCGGGACUCCCUGGACCAUGUCCCCGGCGGGCUUCAAGCACGGCGACGACGGCCGAGCAGGCGACUGGUGGUCGCUGGGCGUGGUGCUGUACCAGCUGCUGCAGGGCGGCUGCUGGCCCUUCAAGAGCUGCUGGUGGCCGUGGCAGAAGGGCGGCGGCCAGCGCAUGGAGGACGCCAUUCGCAAGGCCGUGCUGGCCGGCCGCAUCGGCUGGCACCGCAACGGCACCGCGGGCGUCAGCGAGGGCUGCAAGACCCUCAUCCGCGGCCUGCUGCAGCCCGACCCCAACCGCCGCUGGCAGCUGCGGCAGGUGCUGGCGAGCGAGGUCGUCACGCCAGAGAUCCUCACCGGCAUCGGCGCGCGCUUCCCGGAGCUGCAGCAAGACAUGCAGGCACUGCUCGCGCUGCAGCGCCGCUCGCGCGGCGUGCAGGCCCUGGGGUCCGACGGCGGCGCGGCGGCGGCGGCGACGGGGCCACCGCCCGCCAUCGCGCACAUGGCGGCGGGCGUCAAGGCCGGUGCUGCUUCACUGUUGGCGGCGGCCGCGGCGGCGGCGUCGCACGCGCCGCACUGGCCUGGCGGUGCCGGCGGGCGCCACGUGCCCGACGGCAGCUCCUACCAGCCCCUGCUCAGUGACGGUAGCUCGGCCGCCGGCAUCCUGACGCCCGCGACCGCGUCUUACAUGGGCCGCGCGCCAGCCGCAGCAUCGGCAACGGGACCCGGCACUGCUGCUGCCCCAGCACAAGCGCAGGCUGCCAGUGCGACGCAGCAGCCGCAACAGCAGCAGCAGCAGCCGCGGAAGCCUUCGCAUGUGGACGACCUGCUUCUGCUUUUUGAUGACGACGUGCCCAACGCGCACCCGUCGCCGCCGCCCACCCCGCCCUCCGCAUCAGUGUCCCGCGCCUACCCAGACGAGCUAGGCGGCACCAGCGGCCACGCCAACGACACCAAGCUCCCGCACCCUCACACUCACCCCAGCCGGCAAGGCAGCCAGGGUAGCGCCACGCUGCGGCACGCGUGCACCACCGGCAGCCUGGCGGACGCCGCAGCUGCCGGCCCCGCCGGCUCCUCAGUCACCGGCGCGCAGCAGCACCGCCACUACGGCAGCAGCCUAGACCCGCCGUCCGCCGCGGGCGGGGCCCCUGUGGACUCCGUGGCCACUGGCGUCCUCAAUGGAUCGGCGCUCAGCGGUGCCAGCCUCAGUCCGAGUGGGCGGCCGUCGCAACCUGGAGCCCGCAGCGGUGAUGGCGCCGGCGGUGGCGGUGGCAGUGUUACGCAUCUGCCGCUGCGCGGCAGCCGUACUAGUCUGCAGGACCUGUUCGGCAUGCACCCGAGUGUCCCCUUGGGCCCGCGGCGCAACAUCCUGGAGAGGCUGUCGAAUCCUCACCACCACCACCGUCAGCCCCAGCAACAACACCAGCAGCAGCAGCGGGUGUUGUCUGGAGGCGCGCUGGGCGGGUUGUUGGGGUCUGCGGCCGACCUGAUGGCAGGACUGGGCGGCGGCGCUGCCGGCCGCCCCGCGCCGCGCCGCGGCUCUUGGGGUCCGCUGGCAGAGCCCCUCACCGUGGACGUUGGUGGCUUCGGCGGCAGCGGCACCCUGCCCGGCGCCGCCGCCGGCAGCCACGAGCUGCUGCACUCGCCCUCGUCUUGGGUGCCACCCCCGCCCGAGGCUUUCCACCGGCUAUCUGCUGGCAGCUGGCGCCGCAGCGACUCGGGCGGCCCCGGCGGCCCCGGCGGCGGCGGGAGCGCCUCGCCAGGGCUGCGGCACGGCGGCCCGCCGCGGUCUCGCAGCUUCGUGGCUCGGGCCAAGGCGCUGUUUAGUGACUGCCUGCCUGGAAAGAAGAGCGCCAUGGUGCUGUACGACGUGUAUGAGGAGGCGGGAGAGGAGACAGAGUAUGCGGGGCUGCAGAGCUAGAGGUGUGAGCGGUGUGAGCAUUGGUGUGGAGUGGUCAUGCGUGACUCGCUGUGAGCUGUUGUGUUUCGGGCAGGCGCUAUGGUAUUACUCGAUGCAUUUGAUGAGCCUCCCGAAGUACGGUCAGUGAAUGCCUUCAAUGCGAUCCGGUGGUACUUAUGACUUCGUAAGUCACCGAUUUGCGUCACCAUGUAUUUUUGCUGUUUGAACAAGGACCGUUUGAAAGACGUGACUGUGUUGCAUCUGAGGAAGAUGCGUUUCGUGAGCUGACGUGCGUGAUUGUGAUGAGCUGCCUGAGGGAUAAGACAUGAUCCGAAUGCCUGAAGCUGGCUGGUGAGCGUUCCACGCAAAUGUGCCUUGAACGGGCUGUUGUGUGUGUUCGACGUCCUACACUAUGCCCUGUUGUCUGUUGAUGAGGUUGUGGGCUUGUGAAAGUCGUUGCCAUCCCUCAUGUCGUAUGCAGUACUGUCGCAAGCACAGAAAUUGCCUGUUUUGGCUUGUUGGCGGCUGAGACCAGGCUCAAAUCGGCAAAAUGUUGAGCAAUGGAGAGGUGCUGGCACAUGCGCGUGAUGCUGUCAAGCUGGUAUGCAAUAUUAGCUUCUUAUUAGGCAGCGCGCAAAUGGGAUUGGCCUGGAGGGGCUGUUGCCGAAGCUCAGACCCAAGGGAGGGUCCCCUGCUCAGACCGCCUGGCCACCGCCAUUUCUUAAAUUCGGUUACUUUCGGUUGCCUGCCGGUGGCAGAACUGCAGGGUGGUACCGUAUCUACGGGCGCAGAGCCUUUGAAGGCUGCAUGACUGCAACGCGUAUGGCAAGCAGCACUUUACAGGCCCCUUGAGCUAAGAAGACUCCGCAUGUAACGCGCUUUUGUG